GGAGCGAGGCGCGGGGCGGGGCCGCGCGGCCGCCGCCAUCUUGCUGGCGGGGACACAAUAGGACGGAAGCGCAGCGGGCCGGGCUGCGGCCGCAGAGCGUCCUGGCCCACACAGCCAAGAAGACAAGGCCUCCCGGAGGGACCCGCAGACCGACGGCGACGACACGCUGGCCGCCAGACCCCUCCACCUUCCCCUCCUCCCUGCCCGCUGCGCCUGGAGGAUGAGCCCAGCUUUCAGGGCCAUGGACAUGGAGCCCCACACCAAGGGCAUCCUGCUGGAGCCCUUUGUCCACCAGGUCGGGGGGCACUCUUGCGUGCUCCGCUUCAAUGAGACAACCCUGUGCAAGCCCCUGGUCCCAAGGGAGCACCAGUUCUACGAGACCCUCCCAGCCGAGAUGCGCAAGUUCACCCCCCGGUACAAAGGUGUGGUGUCUGUGUGCUUCGAAGAAGAUGAAGACAGGAACUUAUGUUUGAUAGCAUAUCCGUUAAAAGGGGAUCAUGGAACUGUGGACAGUGUUGACAAUUCAGACUGUGAACCAAAAAGCAAGCUGCUGAGGCGGACAAACAAAAAGCACCACAGCCUGGAACCAGAAAAGCCCCCCAAGGACUGGGUCCGACAGCACCGGAAAGAGGAGAAGGUGAAGAGCCAUAAGUUAGAAGAGGAAUUUGAAUGGUUAAAGAAAUCUGAAGUCUUGUACUACAGUGUGGAGAAAAAGGGGAGUGUGAGUUCCCAGCUCAAACACUCUAACCCUUGGAGCCUGAAGUGUCAGCAGCAGCAGCUACAGAGGAUGAAGGACAGCGCCAAGCACCGCAGCCAGCACAAAUUUAUCCUACUGGAGAACUUAACUUCCCGCUACAAGGUGCCUUGUGUCCUGGACCUCAAGAUGGGCACGCGCCAGCAUGGUGAUGAUGCUUCAGAGGAGAAGGCGGCCAACCAGAUCCGCAAAUGCCAGCAGAGCACAUCUGCAGUCCUUGGGGUCCGUGUGUGCGGCAUGCAGGUGUACCAGGCAGGCAGCGGGCAGCUCAUGUUCAUGAACAAGUACCACGGACGGAAGCUGUCGGUGCAGGGCUUCAAAGAGGCCCUCUUCCAGUUCUUCCACAAUGGGCGGCACCUGCGCCGUGAACUCCUGGGCCCUGUGCUGAAGAAGCUGGCUGAGCUCAAGACCAUUUUGGAGAGACAGGAGUCCUACCGCUUCUACUCAAGCUCCUUGCUGGUCAUCUAUGAUGGCAAGGAGUGGCCUGAGGUGGCCCUGGACUCCGAUGCUGAGGACUUGGAGGACCUGUCAGAGGAAUCGGCUGACGAGUUGGCUGGUGCCUAUGCCUACAAGCCUGUGGGCGCCAGCUCAGUGGACGUGCGUAUGAUUGACUUUGCGCACACCACCUGCAGGCUGUAUGGCGAGGACAGUGUGGUACAUGAAGGCCAGGAUGCUGGCUAUAUUUUUGGGCUCCAGAGCCUGAUAGACAUUGUCACAGAGAUAAGUGAGGAAGGUGGGGAGUGAGCUUGCUGGCUGCACCAGCACCUGAGGGACUCUUUGUGUACCAGGCACAGCUGUGCUGCGUCGGGGAGGCCAGUAGGGCCAGGGCUUGGCCCCUGCAGCCUGGAGCUGAUGUGCAGAGGCCUCUGGGAGUCCUAGCCUGAGCCAGCCCCAACCAUGCUCGGAGUCUUUAUUUAUUUUAACUAUUUCUCCAACAUUCCACAUUUGAAGCAGGUACCUCUUUUCUCCCUGACUGUAAAUGUUCUAAUACAGAUCUUUUUGUUAAUUGUA